AAGGGAGAGAGGGCUAAAAUGGCCAGUCAGGAGGAUCCAGUGCAGAGGGAGAUUCACCAGGAUUGGGCCAACCGGGAGUACAUUGAGGUGAUCACCAGCAGCAUCAAGAAAAUCGCCGACUUCUUGAACUCAUUUGAUAUGUCUUGUCGCUCACGACUGGCAACACUAAAUGAAAAGCUGACCACAUUAGAGAGAAGAAUUGAGUAUAUAGAAGCACGGGUGACCAAAGGUGAAACGCUGACAUAGAAAAAUCCACCAUUCUACAAGUGUUCCAAGCUUGCUUUUAUAAAUACACUCUAUGGACCUCUCCCCAGCCUGAAACGGUCAUCGACUCUCCCUGUCGUCACUUUGCUGCCUUGGCAGAUACAAACGAGUUUUCCCAAACCUUCACGGUUUUACUUGUUCAUUCCUCAGUUUCCUUAUUUUGUGGCAUUCGGCCUGAAUCUAUAUAGAAACUGCUGUACAGCUUGUGUUCUUGCUCUGUACAAACCUACUAGCAGCUCACUAACUAAAUGUGUUGUGUAAUAUGUGCAAAGAUGGACUGUAUCGUGUGCCAAUUGUGUAGCGUGCUUGUUUCAUUUCCUUAUUCUUUGUACCGGUGCUUCAUUAUGUUUUAUUUCUCUUACAAAUAAAAUGCUGAACUUUUA